AUGCUUCGACAUUGGCCCAAAGUCUUAAAUAGAAGAUACUCCAGCCAUCCGGCAAGUACCGGAAUGAUCCGAUCUCUAACAAUAGCAGAUCUGUAUGCCAAAUAUCAUGCUAAAGAGCCUAUAAGUAUGGUCACUGCGUACGAUUUCAUCACUGCCAACUGGGCUCAAAGCGCUGGAUGCGAUGUAGUCCUGGUUGGAGAUUCACUGGCUACGUGUGCCUUGGGAUAUGAUUCUACGAAUCAAAUUGGGCUGGAGGAAUUUCGGUACCACGUCCAAGCUGUUUGCAGAGCACCCGGGCCAGCGUUCGUGCUGGUGGACAUGCCCUUUGGAAGCUUUGAAUCCAGCAUACAACAGGGCAUUGAGACUGCAAUUGCAUUCAUGAAAAGCUCAGCACGCGUGGGAGGAGUCAAAAUCGAGGUUGGGAGUCCUGUGGGUCAAGGGGAAUCUCAAAAACAGGACUAUUCAUUACAGCUAGCUGCAGAACUGUGUUCUCGAGGCAUCCCAGUAAUGGGCCAUGUGGGACUAACACCACAGCGUGCCCAUUUUUUGAGUGGCUUCAAAGUUCAAGGCAGUAAAUCUGCCAAAGACGCUGCUGCUAUUUAUCACACAGCACAGCAAUUGCAAGAUAUAGGCUGCUUUUCCGUUCUUUUGGAAUGCGUCCCGCAUAAGGUGUCAUCGUAUAUUACCCAGAGACUGAGUGUGCCAACAAUUGGAAUUGGGGCCGGUCUUGGUGUGAACGGACAGGUUCUGGUGCAGUCCGAUAUAUUGGGAAUGACACCACACGCGGUGCCGAAACUAGCCCACAAAUACGGAGAUCUGAAUUCUGAAAGUAUUGGUCUAAUUAAGCGCUACGCUAAUGACGUUAGCGAGCAGAAGUUUCCUGACAACAACAAAAACGGCUUCAAGAUUAAGGAUGAUAUAUGGGCAGAGUUUCUUGAGCACGUCAACGCGGGUCCGCGAAAUGAAUGA